AUGAGCGCCGCCAGGUGCAUCAAGCUCGCGCUGCUGCUGUCGUUCAUCCCGCUGGCGCUCAGGGCGACCUCGCUCCUCCUCGGCGGCCACGCCGUGCCGGCAACGGCAUCGUCUCGCCACUCCUGGACCGCCCGGCACCUGCGGAGCAGCGGAACCGCGACCGUCGUCUCGGCCGGGCCAGCGCGCGACCGUGUCCGGCCGUAUCGCCACGCGACGCACCGGCGGCGGACCGGGACCACCGCCUCUGACGGCGGCACGAGGCGGCUCCGGCAGGCCGACGGCGGCCGCGACUGGUUCGAGGACGACAAGAGGCUGGCGCCCACGGGGUCCAACCCGCUGCACAACCUGCGGUGA